UUCAGUAUUUAGUUAGAACUUUGAGCUGGCCAGAGUCGGUUGUCCGAAAACGAAUUCAAGGAGAACGAGUGAAAGAGUCAACGAUCCUCAGAAAAAUUCCUCAAGGGUCAAAGAAUGUGCGCCAUGCCCCAUGCCAAAAGAAUGAGAAUGGAAUUUAUUAUUUUGGUUGUGGCAGCCUUGGCCGUGACUUCGAUGCUAGAGCUGGCCCAGUGCCGGCAUUUGGAUCAGCAAUCAGAGAACGAAUGUGACUUUGAUUUCAAGGAAAAGCCGGAGGACUUCUAUGGCAUGCUAGAUGCCGUGCAGGUGCCCGAGGCGCACAAAGAGAGGACUCAGCCCAGGAAUCGCAUAAACCUAGCGGAGAGCAGCAGAGCCCGGCCAGCGAUGGGCCGCCUGCAGCGCCGGAAGCAGCAUCAUAAAUCGCGAGGCAAAGCCCUGCUGAGAUUACCCCCGCCACUGCUCUGGACCGAUGCCUCCACGGAUGUGCUGCAGCCCGCCUCUCCUUACACUCGACCUCUGGCUGAAGCUGAAGCAGAAACUGAAAUUGAAACUGAAACUGAAACUGAGACGAGAACGGGAACGGGAACAGGAAGGGGGAGGCACAGACGUGGCGUGACGGUGCGCCGGGAGCGGACAUGGGACUACGGCGUGAUUCCGUACGAGAUCGAUGGCAUCUUCAGUGGCGCCCACAAGGCGCUGUUCAAGCAGGCCAUGCGACACUGGGAGAACUUCACCUGCAUCAAGUUCGUGGAGCGCGAUGCCAAGCUGCAUGACAACUACAUUUUCUUUACGGUCAAAAAUUGCGGUUGCUGCUCCUUUCUGGGCAAGAAUGGCAAUGGUCGCCAGCCCAUUUCAAUUGGUCGAAACUGCGAAAAGUUUGGCAUCAUCAUCCACGAGCUGGGCCACACCAUUGGCUUCCAUCACGAGCAUGCCCGCGGCGACCGGGACAAGCACAUCAUCAUCAAUAAGGCCAACAUCAUGCGUGGCCAGGAGUAUAACUUCGAUGUGCUGUCACCGGAGGAGGUGGACCAUCCGCUGCUGCCCUACGACUACAAUUCCAUCAUGCACUAUGCCACGAACUCGUUCUCAAAGAGCUCCUACCUGGACACGAUCACCCCCAUAGGCAUUCCCCCGGGCACCCACAUCGAGCUGGGCCAGCGACGUCGGCUUAGCCGUGGCGACAUUGUCCAGGCCAAUCUGCUCUACAAGUGUGCGGCCUGUGGACGCACCUACCAAGAGAAUUCUGGCCACAUAAUCAGCCCACACUACGUGUACUCGGGCAAUGGGGUACUCAGCGAGUUCGAGGGCAGCGGCGAUGCGGAACCAGAGCCGGGUGACGAUGGUUCCUUUGAUGCCUCGCUCACCAGCUGCGAGUGGCGCAUCACGGCCACCAAUGGCGAGAAGGUCAUUCUCCAUCUGCAGCAGCUCCAGCUGCAGCUCUCCGAUAACUGUUCCGAGGACUACCUAGAAAUCCGGGACGGCUACUGGCAUCGAUCGCCGCUGGUGCGGCGUCUCUGUGGCAAUGCCAGUGGGGAGAUUAUCACCACCCAAACCAGUCGCAUGCUAAUCAAUUAUGUGAACCGCAAUGCGGCCAAAGGAUAUCGCGGAUUCAAGGCCCGAUUUGAAGUGGUAUGUGGAGGAGUAAUUCAGCUGAGUAAGGAUCAGUCCAUCGACUCGCCCACCUACCCGAUGCAGUACAAACCCGAUAAGGAGUGCGUUUGGCUCAUCAAUGCACCCAUCCACCACCAGGUGGGGCUCAAGUUUCAGAGCUUUGAGCUGGAGAAACACGAUGGUUGUGUCUAUGAUUAUGUGGAGAUACGGGAUGGCAAUCGGAGUGACUCCCGGCUGAUUGGACGCUUCUGUGGCGACAAACUGCCACCCAACAUUAAAACCCGCACCAAUCAGAUGUACAUCAAGUUCGUGUCGGAUGGAUCGGUGCAGAGGCUGGGCUUCUCCGCCGCCCUCAUGCUGGACGUGGACGAGUGCAAGUUCACGGACCACGGCUGCCAGCAUGUCUGCAUCAACACCAUGGGCAGCUAUCAGUGCGGCUGCCAUGCUGGCUUCGAACUCCAGGCCAAUGGCAAGACCUGCGAGAAUGCGUGUGGCGGCAUUGUGGAUGCCACCAAAUCGAAUGGCACCCUCUACUCACCCUCGUAUCCGGACGUCUAUCCCAAUGCCAAGCAGUGCGUGUGGGAAGUGGUGGCCCCACCCAAUCACGCUGUCUUCCUCAACUUUACCCACUUUGACCUGGAGGGCACCCGAUUCCAGUACACCAAAUGCAACUACGAUUAUCUCAUCAUCUACUCCAAGAUGCGGGACAAUCGUCUGAAGAAGAUCGGAAUCUACUGCGGCAAUGAGCUGCCUCCGUUCGUUAACUCGGAGCAGAGUGUGCUGCGUCUGGAAUUCUACUCGGAUCGCACGGUGCAGCGCAGCGGCUUUGUGGCCAAGUUUGUCGUAGAUGUGGAUGAGUGUGCUGUUAAUAAUGGAGGAUGCCAGCACCGGUGUAGAAAUACCUAUGGCUCCUAUCAGUGCAGCUGUCGGAACGGCUACACGCUGUCCGACAACGGCCACAACUGCACGGAGACGAGGUGCAAGUUCGAGAUCACCACCUCGUACGGCAUGCUGCAGAGCCCCAACUAUCCGGAUGAUUAUCCGCGCAACAUAUACUGCUACUGGCACUUCCAGACCGUCCUGGGCCACCGCAUCCAGCUGACCUUCCACGACUUUGCCGUGGAGAGCCAUCAGGAGUGCAUCUACGAUUAUGUGGCCAUCUAUGACGGUCGCUCGGAGAACAGCUCCACGCUGGGCAUCUACUGCGGUGGACGAGAACCAUAUGCGGUGAUCGCCUCCACCAACGAGAUGUUCAUGGUGUUGGCCACAGAUGCGGGGCUCCAGAGGAAGGGCUUCAAGGCCACCUUUGUGUCCGAGUGCGGUGGCUACUUGAGGGCCACGAAUCACUCGCAGACCUUCUACUCGCAUCCCCGCUACGGAAGCAGACCCUACAAGCGCAACAUGUACUGCGAUUGGCGGAUUCAGUCGGAUCCCGAGAGCAGUGUGAAGAUUAAGUUUCUGAACUUUGAGAUCGAGUACUCGGAGCGCUGUGACUACGACUUCCUGGAGAUCACCGAGGAGGGCUACUCCAUGAACACCAUCCACGGCCGCUUCUGUGGCAAACACAAGCCUCCCAUUAUUGUCUCCAACUCGGAUACGUUGCUGCUGCGCUUCCAGACGGAUGAGAGCAACUCUCUGCGUGGCUUUGCCAUCUCCUUCAUGGCCGUCGAUCCCCCAGACGACACUGGUGGGGAGGAGUUCGAUGCGGUCACACCCUUUCCGGGAUACCUCAAGAACAUGUACUCCUCCGAAACGGGCAGCGACCAUCUACCGCGAACACACAUUUUGCCUCCCAGCAGGCUUCUGUAAACAGAUUGAGCAUUGCUGAGUGGAAUGUAUGUUUUUUUUUUGUUGAUAUUUGU